ACACAAUAUAGCUCAGUAUAUAGAUUUUCUGCUCACCUUUAAACAGGGUGUCAAUCAUUUCAUACCCCACUGUAUAUAUUCUCCUUCGAGAUAGUGGCAUUUAGCUAGCGGAUCAUUCUCUGGUUCAUUCUUCCCCCUCGGUCUUUGUCCUCUCCAAUGUAAGGAAGGAGGGAGCAGUGGCCCUACAGAACACCCAGUGGAGAGAGAGAGAGAGAGAGAGAGAGAGAGAGAGAGAGAGAGAGAGAGAGAGAGAGAGAGAGAGAGCUGAAUGGAAUGUCUCUGAUUCUCAAUGUUCCGUCUCAGAACACAUGAUAACAUGGAACUUCUAUCGUAAGCACAGCUCUGUAACAGGGAAUCACUCACUAACAGUAGAAGGAUGACCUGCCACUCAUUGAGCUCCUUUGUACGGAGCCUGUCCAGGAGAAAACCUCUGGAGCCCGAGGGAGAGGAGUCCACUUUCAACCGCUGUCUGACCACCCUGGACCUGGUGGCCCUAGGGGUGGGGAGUACCCUGGGGGCAGGGGUCUACGUUCUCUCUGGAGAGGUUGCUAGGACGUCGUCAGGUCCCAGCAUCAUCAUAUCCUUCUUCAUCGCUGCCGUGGCCUCCAUCUUUGCCGGCUUGUGCUAUGCUGAGUUCGGGGCCCGCGUCCCCAAAACGGGGUCUGCGUAUCUGUACAGCUAUGUGACGGUGGGAGAGCUACUGGCGUUUAUUACUGGAUGGAAUCUGUUGCUGUCCUACGUCAUAGGGACGUCAAGUGUGGCGAGGGCUUGGAGCGGAACCUUUGAUGACCUCAUCGGCAACGUCAUGGGGAAUUUCUUCAAAGAAAACCUUUACAUGGGCUUCCCGGGCCUCGCAGAAUACCCAGACUUCUUUGCUGCUGGGCUCAUUAUGCUCCUGGCAGGUCUGCUGGCCUUCGGUGUCCAGGAAUCGGCAAUAGUCAACAAGAUCUUCACGGCCGUCAACAUCCUGGUGCUUCUGUUUGUCAUUGUAGCGGGCGUUGUCAAGGGAGACGUCGGUAACUGGCAGAUCAGUCAGGAGGUGCUCAUCAACGCUACAGCGGAAUUACAGAACCUAACCUCUACAGUCAACGUGACCAGUAUGUAUGGGGCUGGAGGGUUCUUCCCGUACGGUUUCGACGGGACAAUCUCUGGAGCCGCUACCUGUUUCUACGCCUUCGUAGGCUUCGACUGCAUCGCCACAACAAGUGAGGAGGUGAAGAACCCUCAGAAGUCCAUCCCGCUGGGCAUCGUGGCGUCUCUCCUCAUUUGUUUCCUGGCCUACUUCGCCGUGUCGGCAGCCCUCACUCUGAUGAUGCCCUACUACAUGCUGAAUGUUAACAGCCCGCUGCCCGUGGCCUUCAUGUACAUCGGCUGGGGGCCCGCCAAGUAUGUGGUGGCUGUCGGCUCGCUCUGCGCCCUCUCCACCAGUCUGUUGGGUUCCAUGUUCCCUAUGCCCCGCGUACUGUUUGCUAUGGCCAGAGACGGCCUCCUCUUCAAGCCCCUCAGUAAGGUCAGCGCCAGACAAAGUCCUGUCAUCGCUACCCUCUCCUCCGGGGUCGUAGCAGCGAUAAUGGCCCUGGUGUUUGACCUGAAAGCUCUGGUUGAUAUGAUGUCAAUUGGGACACUCUUUGCCUACACACUUGUGGCUAUAUGCAUUCUUAUACUUAGGUACCAAGAGACCCAAUCAGAAGACUCAGAUCUCCAGAUCCUUGAAUCAAACACCAAGUUUGUUUGUCUCAAACCGCCAUCAUUCCCAACACCGGGCACCUCGAAAACAGUCACAAGUUUGACCGUCUUUUCCGUGGUGUGUGUAUGCGGUCUGUGUGUCCUGCUGACCCAAGCGAUAGACGCUAUACAGCGGCAGGAGAUCUGGAGCAUGGUGUGUGUGUCCAUAGUAGCCUUCAUCCUCCUGGUCCUCGUCAUCGUCAUCUGGAGGCAUCCACAGAACCAAGCCAAGGCUGCUUUCAUGGUGCCCUUCCUGCCCGUGCUGCCGGUAGUUAGUGUGUUCGUCAACGUCUACCUGAUGGUGCAGUUAGGACGAGACACCUGGAUGAGAUACGCCAUCUGGAUGGCCGUAGGGUUCCUCAUCUACUUUGGUUAUGGGAUCCGUAACAGCGUUCAGAAGCAGAGGAACCAGACCCGCCAGGUGGAGAUUGAGACCAUCAGCGGUGUACCGAAGAAGGAGGCCUUCAAAGAAGACAGAUUCUGAGGCUGAGUGGAAAGGACAACACAGGAGUGGAGAGAAGAGGAGAGGAGAAGAGAGGACAUAGGAGCGAGAGACAGGACAAGACUGGAGCUGACAGGACAGGACAAGACAGGACUGCAGCUGACAGGACAGGACGGGAGCUGACAGGACAGGACAAGACAGGACUGCAGCUGACAGGACAGGACGGGAGCUGAGAAGGUCUGGAGAGAGAGAUAUUUACUGUCACUUUUUAUUGUUUAUUUAUUUGUUUAUCUAUUUCACUUGCUUUGGCAAUGUAAACAUACUGUAUGUUUCCCAUGCCAAUAAAGCCCCUUGAAUUGAAUAGAGAGUUAGAGAGAGAGAGAUAUGUUCUGAUGUUACGUUGUGUAUUUAAGAGAAUUCCUGUCUACUGUAAAACUAAAGGCUGGCUUAUACUGUCUGUACACUAGAAUUCAACAAGUGUUGACAUUUUUCAGAAUAGUCUUGCUCUUCAACUGUUUAUGCUAGUCAUCAAAAACAGCAAGGGACCUUCAUCAAAAAAAGUAUUUUAUCUUUAUUUAACUAGGCAAGUCAGUUAAGAACACAUUCUUAUUUUCAAUGACGGCCUAGGAACAGUGGGUUAACUGCCUGUUCAGGGGCAGAACGACAAAUUUGUACCUUGUCAGCUCGGGGGUUUGAACUUGCAACCUUCCGCUCCAACGCUAUAACCACUAGGCUACCCUGCCGCCCCGCUGUUUUUAACUCAUUCUACCACCAUAAAAAUUCAUAGUGGACAGCUGAAGCAAACACAACAAUGUUUUCUUCAGGAAAAUUGCCCUACUACGAUUAUAUAGAGUAUGUUGGAGUCCAAAACCAGUUGGAGUUGGAGUCCAUUAAACCAGUUGGAGUUGGAGUCCAUUCAACCAGUUGGAGUUGGAGUCCAUUAAACCAGUUGGAGUUGGAGUCCAUUAAACCAGUUGGAGUCCAUUCAACCAGUUGGAGUUGGAGUCCAUUAAACCAGUUGGAGUUGGAGUCCAUUAAACCAGUUGGAGUCCAUUAAACCAGUUGGAGUUGGAGUCCAUUCAACCAGUUGGAGUUGGAGUCCAUUCAACCAGUUGGAGUUGAAGUCCAUUCAACCAGUUGGAGUUCAUUCAACCAGUUGGAGUUCAUUAAACCAGUUUGAGUUCAUUAAACCAGUUGGAGUCCAUUAAACCAGUUGGAGUUGGAGUCCAUUCAACCAGUUGGAGUUGGAGUCCAUUCAACCAGUUGGAGUCCAUUCAACCAGUUGGAGUUGGAGUCCAUUCAACCAGUUGGAGUUGGAGUCCAUUCAACCAGUUGGAGUUCAUUCAACCAGUUGGAGUUCAUUAAACCAGUUGGAGUUGGAGUCCAUUCAACCAGUUGGAGUUGGAGUCCAUUCAACCAGUUGGAGUUGAAGUCCAUUCAACCAGUUGGAGUUCAUUCAACCAGUUGGAGUUCAUUAAACCAGUUGGAGUUCAUUAAACCAGUUGGAGUUCAUUCAACCAGUUGGAGUUGGAGUCCAUUCAACCAGUUGGAGUUGAAGUCCAUUCAACCAGUUGAAGUUCAUUAAACCAGUUGGAGUUCAUUCAACCAGUUGGAGUUCAUUCAACCAGUUGGAGUUGGAGUCCAUUCAACCAGUUGGAGUUGAAGUCCAUUCAACCAGUUGGAGUUCAUUCAACCAGUUGGAGUUCAUUAAACCAGUUGGAGUUCAUUAAACCAGUUGGAGUUCAUUAAACCAGUUGGAGUUGGAGUCCAUUAAACCAGUUGGAGUUCAUUCAACCAGUUGGAGUCCAUUAAACCAGUUGGAGUUGGAGUUCAUUAAACCAGUUGGAGUUGGAGUCCAUUCAACCAGUUGGAGUUGGAGUUCAUUAAACCAGUUGGAGUUGGAGUCCAUUCAACCAGUUGGAGUUCAUUCAACCAGUUGGAGUUGGAGUCCAUUAAACCAGUUGGAGUUGGAGUCCAUUAAACCAGUUGGAGUUCAUUAAACCAGUUGGAGUUCAUUAAACCAGUUGGAGUUCAUUAAACCAGUUGGAGUCCAUUCAACCAGUUGGAGUUGGAGUUCAUUAAACCAGUUGGAGUUGGAGUUCAUUAAACCAGUUGGAGUUGGAGUUCAUUCAACCAGUUGGAGUUCAUUCAACCAGUUGGAGUUGGAGUCCAUUAAACCAGUUGGAGUUGGAGUCCAUUAAACCAGUUGGAGUUCGUGUCCAUUAAACCAGUUGGAGUUGGAGUUCAUUAAACCAGUUGGAGUUGGAGUCCAUUCAACCAGUUAGAGUUGAGCUUUCUGUUUCUUCUUCUCACCUGUGAACUAACAUGUGACUGACGGUGUGACUGUGACUGACGGUGUGUGACUGUGACUGACGGUGUGUGACUGACGGUGUGACUGACGGUGUGACUGUGACUGACGGUGUGUGACUGUGACUGACGGUGUGACUGAGACUGACGGUGUGUGACUGACGGUGUGACUGUGACUGACGGUGUGACUGACGGUGCGACUGUGACUGACGGUGUGUUAAAGUUCACGUACUCACUGCUUUUCCAUGCUUGUCGUUGUCCUGCCAAUAAUAGAUGAAGCAAGUGAGUUUUAAAUCAGAGGAAGAUUUCUCUCUCCAUUUCUUAGGAUUCAGUUUUUCUACAUGUAUUAUAAUGUUAUCAGGUGUACACAUAGAAAGUCCAUAUGAUGAAGAAUCGUAUUUUGAAUUAAAAUAAAUGUCUAGUACAUAGCUUAUUUUAAGAUUUUAACAAGAUAUUUUAUUGUUUCAUAAUGUAAAGAGAUGAAUGUAUACAAUGACGUAAUGCAAAUGUCUCCCAAAUAAACUUGAUCAUGUU